UGUGGCAACACUUUGCCAUUUUAAUUUGUUUCACCCAAAACAAUAAAUUUUAUUUACAUUAGUUGAGCAAAAUGCAAGAGUUUUCGACAAAGCGCAAUGCACUCUUCGCGUGCCUCGACAACGCCAGCAAAGAGCUCAAGGGGACGGCCCUGGAUCAGAGCAAGGCCAAAUCGUACUCGGUGAACGCCCUCGAGCGAACAGGAGGCGACGCCGGAUCUGGACAGGUCAUGCACUAUCGCCAUGGCCGCAGCAUUGAUUGUGGCACUGAGCCCGAGGCGGGCCAGCUGAAGCGCAUGAGGGGCAAGGAGAGUAUAUUCAAGAAGCCGGAAAUGCCGAUUGGACGCUGCCUGAAGCCUCGCAAGACGCCCGACUAUCAGAUGAAUCCCCACAAGUGGAAAAAGUAUUCCCUGGAAGAUGUGGACAUAUCCGAUCAAAGCAACUCCAGCGCCGCGUUGUCUUUUCUGCGCCAAAUGGAUGCGCAACGAGAGACAGGAGCAGAAGACGACGCAGCAAUAGAAGCUGGUGGAAAGAUUGAAUUUAAAAAGAAAAGCAAACUGAAUCGCAAUCUCAAGAAGCUGCAGGCUGAGGAAGUGGCCGAUGUGGAGCUGGACAAGCCGCAGCUAAGGGGCUCCAAGCUGGUGAUGCCCGAGUACAUAAUUGGCCAGAAGCCGCAAAAGCAAAAGAAAACGAAGCCCAAGGACAAUCAAAGUCGUGCUGCUGGCAAGCUGCAGCUGUCCCAUCUGGAGGAAGAGGAUAACGAAGACUUGGCAUAGGCCACGCAACGCUUUAGAUAUAGAUUUAAACUUAAUUUAAUAGUUUUUAGGCAUUUUGUAAAUAUAUUUAGUUGCCCCACCCGAUUUAACGCAUCGUAAUUGGGCGUGAAGAUAUGGUAAACGAUCAAAUUUA